AUGGAUGUGAGUCACAUUCUCUUGGGAAGACCAUGGAUCUAUGAUUACAACGUUACCAUCUUGGGUCAAGAAAAUAUAUGUUCGUUCAUCCAUAAAGGAAAGAAGAUCACGAUGAAGCCACUUCAACCCAAGCUCAUGAAUCAAUCUAUACCAAACAAAGAGGAGCAAGACAAAGUAGGUAAAACCAAAGCUCUACAUAUCAUUAUGCUUAAAGAAUGUAAGGAAGAUGCAGAAGUUCCUAGUCAAGUGAAAGUUAGACCAGAUUCUCAUAGUACUUGGAUUACAAAGGAGAACCUGCCGCACAUUGAUCCCGACGUUUUGGAAUGUUAUUACAGCUUUAUCUCGCCGGAGUCGAGAUCUUUUCAGCCAGGGGGAAUUGAUGUGGACAUCAUUAGUUAG